AUUUUAGGGUGCAUGUUUUGCUGUGUACUGUCCCUAUUUUUUAUAUGUUAAAAAGUGGUUGCAACUAGGGAUGUGUUACGAACAGAGAGGCAGGAGACAGCGAUAGGGAGAAAGACGUAGGUUUAUUAGGAUUAUUGCCAGAACAGACAGGUGAGCAGGUAUGGAGAUGGGGAUGUCCGUUGGAGUGAAGACUUGCUGGCGUGAAGAUCGCUGGAGAGGGAGAUUGCUGGAGAGGGAGACUGGCGGCGGGACAGCUGGACCGGGAGCUGGCGGCAGAACAGCCGGACAGGAAGCCAGCAACGGGACAGCAGGACAGGAAGCCGGUGACGGGAAGAUUGGUAGCUGAGCGGGCUAGAACAGUGGUGUCCGGGAGCCUGCCACUCCAGCAGAGAAGGAGGGUACUGCUGCUGCUGCGAUCCAGCCUAUGGUUCAGCGGUGUUCUGCGACUUAGCUGAUGGUUCCCUGGCGUGCUGCGACCCAGCAGACAGCUCCACGGCGUGCUGUGAUCCAGCCGGGAAAGGAGGCAACUGCAAUCCAGCGGCGACAAGAUUUUGGUGCCGCUAUGAUCCAGCUUGGAAAGGAGGCGACUGCGAUCCAGCAGGGAGUCCAGAGGGCUGCUGCGAUCCAGCCGGGAAUGGAGGCGACUGCGAUCCAGCUGCGACUGCGAUCCAGCUGCGGUCCGGCAGAGAGUCCGGGAACGGAGAGCUACUGCAGUCCGGCAGAGAGUCCGGGAACGGAGAGCUGCUGCGAUCCGGCAGGGAGUGAUGAUCACCGCGAUGCUGGAACUGGAGGCCGCAGCGGAGCAGGCGAGCAGCAGGGCGGCGGUACAGGCGAGCAGCUGGGCAGUGGGGCAGGCGAGUCGCUGGAUUAUCCUGUGCUGGUGAUCACAGCUCCUGUCGUUGCCUGGAUUCCUGUCAGCCUGUCUGUCUGCCUCUCCAGCCACCUUCACCUAGCCUGUCUUCAACAGUUCAACCUUGCCCACCACUCCCCCAUGGAGCCAGACCCUCUUCAUCUUACCUGCUCCAUGAUCUUGGUUCCGUUGAUGGUCAGUCUCCACACACCACCAUCAGCGCUGCACCACGACCAGCUAGAUCCACGUGGUACCUCCUCAUCCUGCCUCACGGACCAAGCCUGCCUGUCCAGAACCACGGGGAGGCUAAACCCAGUCAGCGGGGGUGACCGCAGCGCCAGUCUCCUAGUUGGAACCACUGCUACUCUCCCGGGGGUACCAAGGGUGAUGCCGAAGGCUUCACUCUGAACUACUACACCCCUUCCCACUAUUCCUGCCACAUAUAAAUAAAGUGUGAAUUAGGUUAUAAAAGACUA